AUGAGUGAUGAAGAACUAAUUGGUCCUAAAGUACCAUAUCUUAGUGUUAUUGGAGCGUUAAUGUAUCUGGCUAGUCAUACUAGACCCGAUAUAUCAUUUGUAGUAAAUUUACUUGCGAGAUAUAGUUCUUCACCAAUAAAGAGACAUUGGAACAGUGUUAAACAUAUUUUCGGUACCUUCAAGGAACUAGACAUGGGAUUAUAUUGUCCAUAUGUAAGUGGAGCUGAAUUUAUUGGGUACGCAGAUGCAGGAUAUUUAUCUGAACCUCAAAAUGGUAGGUCUCAAAUGGGUUACGUAUUCAAAUAUGAUGGUCAAGUUAUAUCAUGGAGAUCUAUGAAACAAACAUUUAUCUCUACAUCUACAAAUCAUUUAGAGAUCAUAACUAUUCAUGAAGCAAGUCGAGAAUGUGUGUGGUUAAAAUCAAUUAUGCAUCACAUUCGAGAACCAUGUGGUUUAUCAGUAAAUAAGAAUUCUCCAACAAUUUUAUACGAGGAUAAUUCUGUUUGUAUUGCACAAUUAAAGGAAGGACAUAUUAAAAGCGAUAGAACGAAACACAUAUCACCAAAUUUGUUUUUCACUCAUGAUCUCUAG